AUGUCUUUGAAGAACGACGCUUUCCCAGCCUCUGCUGCCUUUGAUUCCAUCGCUGCUGCUCUCAAGGACGAAACUGAGAAGAAAGAUGCCAUCAAGAAGGGUGGAGCCGUCUUCUGUUUCACUUUGAAGAACGCUGCGGGUCAGAUCGACUCUUGGUUCAUCGAUCUCAAGCAAACCGGAGCCGUUGGCAAGGGCGAGGCCCCAUCUGGUGGGAAAGCAGACAUCACCCUUUCUUUGAGCGAGGAAAACUUCGGCAAGCUAGUCGAGGGAAAAGCUAAUGCGCAGAAGUUGUUUAUGAGCGGAGGACUCAAGGUUAAGGGUGACAUGAUGAAAGCUACGAGGGCAGAGGUGGUGCUGAAGAAAGCCCAAGCAAAGAAGGCCAAGUUGUAG